AUGGCCGAGGCUGCGAUCGAGCUCGCGUCCGUCGCCAAGGCGCGCGCGGACGACGCCGCGUCGCGUUCCAUGGCGGCGAUCACGGUCUCCGUGCUCGAAGACGUGACGCUUCGAAUCUCCGAGGCGGUGACGUCCGCGUAUCUGUCGCGCGUCCGCGAGUCCGCGUCCGCGCCCGCGGUGCAGCGCAGCGAGCUCGCGCGCGGGGUGGACCGCCGCGAGAAGAAGCGCAGCGCGGAGUUGGCGAGGAAGACCGCGGCGCUCGCGGCGGCCUCCGCGUCGCGCGUCGUGAGGUACGCCCUCGCGUUGACGCCGCGGUUGAAGGCGACGCGCGCGCUCGAAAAGUUCCGGAACGAAGUGAAGCUCCAAGCGUGGGUCGAUCGCAACUACACGGACGUCGUCGCGAUGUACGAGGACUGGCACGAUCUCGUCGGCGUGGACGCGAACGGGAACAUCGUCCGUCGGCGGAUUAGCAUCUGCCGGCACAGCGAGCUCGACCGGGUGAAAGGGUUGAGGCUCAUCGUGAGCGUGUUUCUCGAGUUGGCGGACGUGAUCGUCCCCGUCUCGAGGGCGUUCCUGAGCCGCGCGCAGCAGUUCACGUCGUGGCUGCUCGUGACGCUCAUCGGGAGGUCGCUCGGGCUGGUGUACCGCGGGAUCAAGGAGAGCAUGGGCGGCGGCGGUAACAACGCGGACAACAAGCCGAGGUUCGCGUGA